AAACGGUAUUUCCUGUAACUCCGUGACCGACGGUGCAUCCCCGAAACGAGCCGACAGCAGACUUUUAAUUUGAAACAAUCAGCGCGAAGGAAGUAUGGAGGAUGAUGAACUUCCGUCAGCGGAUGGGAUGGGUGGGCGUGGCUCUCUACCUGCUGCUCAGCAUCAUGGCGGUGUAUUACGUCUUUGAGGUCCACAGCUUCAGUUUGGAGCAUGUGCAGAGAGGUGUGAUCGGCCCGUCGGCUCCACCCCUCGACAUCAGCUGGUCUCAGAGCGUCAGCGCUCGUCUGCCGCCACUUCCUGUCUGGAUAUGGGCGUCGAUUUUCCUGCUGCCUUACCUGCAGCUCUUUCUCUUCCUGUUCUCCUGUACAAGAGCCGACCCUCGAGCGGUCGGUUACUGCGUCCUUCCUGUCUGCCUCGCCCUGCUCUGCAGCCGUCACGCCACACGCAAACCGACCAAUCAGAGAGGCCAGCCGCUCAUCGACACAUAGAGAGGACAACCAAUCAGAGAGGACCGUCCCUCAGAUGACUGAAUUUUUUGUGUUGUUUGUGAUGUCACUUCCUGUGUGCCUUUAAACAGUUUAACAAACCGUCCUGUGAGAUUUAACCCUACUGUCUGACAGGAGAUGAUGCAGGAACUGCCCUUUACUGCCCUGCGUGUCGACUGUCAGGCAGCUGUAACUCUACAGACAAUCCUUUUCUGUGAUUGGCUACAGGACAUUUAGUAUGUGUGUCACUGGUCAGUACUGUUGCUAUGGUUACCUGCAGUUUAAUAUAAAGAGGGGAAGUUAAACGACUGACUGAAAAGCUGCUAGCCAAUCACAAGAUGAGUCACAUGACACGCUGGUAUCCAUGGUGACUUUAUUGCAACAUCUAUGAAAUUUUUAUGUUUUGUAAAGAUUUGUAAUUUAUCAUGAAAAACAGAAACAUUUAUUGAACAGACUGGAGGAGGCGGGGCCAAACACUACGGGUGCAAACACUGAACGUGGAUCGAGAAUUAAACUGGCUGAAAAAUGAUUGGGGUUUGGUUCAGAGAGUCUAUAGAACUACAGUGAACCUGGGUCAGUGUUCAGGUCUACAGCUGUAUAAUAACAGAGAUAAAAUAUGAUAAAAAAUGAAUGGGGUUUGGUGGGAGCAGAGGUAAAUGCACUCAGAGGACUUAAAUCGGCUGAAAUGUAGCUGGAGUCUGGCUCACACACUAAUAGAGGGGUUCGGGUUUAUUACUGAUUUCUUUCUUUUCAGUAUUGAUUAAGUAUUGGUCAUGUACACUACUGAUUGGUUUGUGGAUGUAGUGAUGAUUUAUUGUAGUAUUGAUGGAUUUUUUUUCUCAGAUGAUCUGGGGCUGAUUACAUAUUGAUAAUCGAUUGACUAUCUGGGUGGGGGAGCAGAUCUGAAUUUCUAGAGACAGCAGCUGUGACAUCAUGUUUGUGAACAUUAGGGGACAUCAAGGGAGAUCAGAGGACAUUCUGGGACAAUCCACAAACAGCAAAACAUGGAUAUGUUGACAGAGUUUAAUUAAAGGAGAGAUCAGAUCACA